ACUAACACCUUAAAUAGCAGAGCCAAGUAAAGACAUUGAUCAUUCAUUUAUUCUCCAAAAACAACACAAACAUUCUUAAUUUCUAGUCUCAAAAGAAAAAUGAAGAGAACUUCAAUUUUGAAGUCCUUUUUCUCUCUUCAUAUUCUUCUGUCUUGUAUUCUUUUUCAAUUUCAACUCACACAAUCAUUUACUCUUAUGAAAGAUGAAGAUAAUGAUUUGGUGGACCAAAUAUGCAAACAAACACCUUUUUAUGACCUAUGCAGUUCCAUUUUACAUGCUAAUCCUCUAGCUCCAAAAUCUGAUCCUAAGGGUAUGGCCCUUAUAAUGGUCAAUGACAUUCUAGCAAAUGCUACUGACACAUUGAGUUAUAUUGAAGAGCUUAUUAAACAAACAACAGACAAAGAUUUGGAACAACAAUUGGCUUUUUGUGCUGAGUCAUAUAUUCCUGUUGUGAAAUACAUUCUUCCACAAGCAGCUGAUGCUAUAAGCCAAGGUAAAUUUGGGUUUGCAAGUUACUCUAUAGUUGAUGCUGAGAAGGAAAUUGGUGCUUGUAACAAGAAAUUCUCAGGUUCAACUUCACUCUUAGGUGAUAGGAAUAGUAUUAUGCAAAAGUUAGUGGAUGUGGCUGCAGCCAUUGUAAAAUUAUUGUUAAAUGUUGAUGAUUUGGUGGAUGAUAUAUGCAAUAAAACACCCAAUGUUGCCCUAUGUAGCACAAUUUUACAUUCAAAUCCUCAAGCUUCCAAAAGUGAUACAAAGGGUAUAGCCCUCAUUAUGGUCAAUGACAUUCUAGCAAAUAUCACUAACACUUUGAAUUAUAUUCAAGUUCUUGUGAACCAAACCAAAGAUCUUCAAUUACAACGAAAGUUUGCAAUUUGUGCUGAGACAUAUAUUCCAUUAGUGGAAACUGUUCUUCCACAAGCAAUUGAUAAUAUGAACAAAAAUAAAUAUGGGUUGGCAAGUUACUCUAUGGUUUAUAUUGGAAAGCAAAUUGAUUCUUGCAAAAAGCAAUUUGUAGGAUCAACUAGUUCACCUUUAGGUGAUAGGACUAGCAUUAUGCAUAAGUUGCUUGAUAUUGCUUCUGCCAUACUUAAGCAAUUAUUAAGUGGCUGA